UAAUAAGAGAAAUAUUAACUUAAUUCUUUCUAAAAAUUUCUUUUCUGUAAGGUUACGUGAUGGAACUUUCAUGUUCUUCCAUCCAAGCUUUAGUUGGGGAGAUCAAGGAAGAGAUGUCCUCAGACAUUGAUCCUUAAUUACACAUUUGUUUCCCCUUCUGCGCAUGACACUGCAUGGCUAGCCAUGAUUCCAGAUCCUCGGGAUCCAACUGGUCGACCAAUGUUCAAGGGGUGCUUGGAUUGGGUGCUUAAUAACCAGAGAGAAGAUGGGUUUUGGGGAGAGUGUGAUGGUCAUGGCAUGCCCACCAUCGAGUCUCCUCUGGCUACUCUUGCCUGCGUAGUUGCACUCAAGAAGUGGAAUGUUGGGACAAGAGAAGUGCAAGGAGGGUUGGCAUUUGUGAAUGAAAAUAUUGAGAAGCUUCUUGGUGAUCAUUUUCCUCGGUGGUUUGCCAUUGUUUUCCCUGGAAUGAUUGAUCUCGCACAUGAAGUCGGUCUACAGAUUGCCUUUCCUAAGCAGCUAGGACUAUCAAUGAACAUUUUUGGUGAAAGGCAAGGUAUUCGUGAAAGGGAGGAACUGGUUGGAGAACAAUUUCCUCCAUUGCUAUCGUAUCUUGAAGUCCUAACACCUACUGAUGAUAAACUCAUUGAAGAAAGCAUAACCAAGGACUUAAGCUUGGAUGGCUCGUUAUUCCAGUCCCCUGCAGCCACAGCUGGAGCAUUUAUGGCUACAGGAAAGAGAGAGUGCUUAGCUUAUCUGCAAUCUCUCGUUCAAAGAUGCCCUAAUGGAGGUCAACAAAAUUUUCUAUAGAAAUUAAUCCAUGCAUAUCUUUUGGGACCUGAAUAUAUAGUCAAAUUAUACUUCAUUUUGAAGACAAUCUAAUGGAGGACAAUUUUUAAAAAAUUUUGAAUUCCAUUUAAAAUAAAUAGACCUCUUGAAC